AUGGGAAGAUGCAACCGCGGAAGCCGGCAACCUCGCGUACACGGUGUGCAGGGGGCACAUGGCAUGGGGAAGCACGGUCAGGUGCUGCUCGUGUUCUCCGCUGCGGUGUCUGCCAUUCUAGCUCUGCAAAAUCGAGCAGGAUGCGGCUGGGUUAUGCAAAGAGCACGUGCAGAGCUCGCGGAACACAGCAGAAGAGCGUCGGUGGUCGUCACAGAUGUGGAUGGGACUCUGAUGAAUUCAUCCAAUCAGCUGCCCACCGCAAACUGCGAGGCCCUUCGUCGUUGCGUGCGACAGGGUGUUCCAAUCAUCUUGGCAACUGGCAAGCAUCGCGGCCCCUGGGUUCGUCGUUUGCUCGAUCAGGUCGCUGAUCCAAGUGUUCAAGCCUUGUCCGAGUGGACGCUGAACGCACCUGGAGUCUUCGUGCAAGGAUUGCGUGUGUGCGAUUCUGCAGGGCAGGUUGUGGUCGCCAAUGUGCUGCCGGCCAGUGUGUUUCAUGCUUGUGCUCGACUGGCAGAGCAAAAAGCGUGGACACUGUUGGCUUACACCGAUUCCGACAGGAUCAUCAGCAAUCGAGCAAGCCCUCUGAUCCAAGCCAUCAACGCACUCGGCGAACCACCUGUGGAGGUUGGCGCCGUGGACGAAAAGACCGGAAUUCACAAACUUCUCUUUCUCGGGGACCCUUCGAUGGAAAAGGCUGUCAGGGUUGAGGUGGAAGCGACGAUCGGUUCAGAGGCAUCUCUCACGGUCGCCAUAGCAGGCAUGGUGGAGGUCUUGCCGAAGGGGAUUUGCAAGGCCGAUGGUGUCAGGCAAGCUUUGAAACUUCUGGAUGCUGAUCCAAGCGAUGUCCUUGCGUUGGGGGAUGGCGAGAAUGAUGUUGAGAUGCUUCGCGAGAUACGUCGCUGCGGUGGCAUAUCAGCAGCCGUGCAGAAUGCACGGCCGGCUUUAAAAGAGGCGGCCGAGUACACGGUCGCUUCCUGUGAUGAGGCUGGCUGGGCUGAAGCAGUAGACCGAUGGGUACCGCAUGUGGCGUGA